GCCUGCAUGAGUAUAAAAGGGACUAGUCAGUCAAGAGUCUAGUCAGUCAAGAGUCAAGUCAGUCAACAGUACUGUAAACAAAUCCUCCAUAAACGCCAACAUGUUCAAGCUGAUCCUGCUUCUUGCCUCCGUGGCUUACGCUUCGGCUGGUUUGUACUCGUACGAUGGUUAUGGUUAUGGAUCUGGAUAUGGAGCAGGAUAUGGAUAUGGGUAUCCAUACGCUACUAGUUACGCUAACACAUACAAAGUCUUACCUUCCGUGACGAAAGUAAUUUCACCAUAUGUGGCGCCAGCUGUAACCAAAAUUGCCUACGGUCCAUCGGUGGUGCACAGUCCAAUCUAUAAAUACAGCACCUAUGGUGGGUAUGGACAUGGGCUCGGAUAUGGCAGUUAUGGCGGUUAUGGUGGUUACGGAUACGGAUCUGGAUUGUCUUAUGGCCAUGGACUUUAUGGAGGCUAUGGAGGUAUCGGUUAUGGUUAUGGAUCUGGUCUCGGAUACGGUCUUGGAGGCUAUGGAGGUUAUGGAUUAGGACACGGAGGAUAUGGUGGAUAUGGUGGAUAUGGCUACCUUCACUAAACCCCAAAGAAACCCAAACAGACGAAAGUGUCAACACCAAAAAAUUCAAAAGACUAAUAUUGUACAUACGUGUCGUAUCGUAUCAUCCCCAUAAAUAAA